AUGGAUGGGAAACACGUGGUGUUACAAGCUCCUUUCAAUAGUGGUAUAGACGCAAACUACAAUUUUAUUUUUGUGGACUGUGGCUGCCAAGGAAGGAUUUCUGAUGGAGGUGUUUUUAAAAACUCGGAGCUCUUCAAAAAUAUGGAAAACCAAUCGGUUUCUCUACCAUCUCCAACACCUCUACCUGGCAGAACUAAAUCCAUACCAUAUUAUAUGAUUGGCGACGAAGCAUUUCCAUUAAACAACAAUUUAAUGAAGGUUUAUUCGGGCAUGCACCCGAAAGGUAGCACAAAAAGAAAUUUCAAUUAUCGACUAUGUAGAGCAAGACGUGUUGUCAAAAAUGUAUUCGGAAUUUCGUCAUCGGGAUUUCGAGUACUGCGAAAGCUAAUCUUAUUGGAGCCCGAGAAAGCUGAAAUAAUAAUUAUGGCUGUAGCGCUUUUGCGCAAUUUUUUUGAGAAAAAGUAUGCAUUCGGUUAA